GCUGCGCUGAACCUCCGUCCGAGAGCCCGCAGUCGUCACACCCCCGGCCAUGGCCAGAUAGCACUCGCCCCAUGCACUCCCGCAAGUCCGCCGUCCAUGCAGGGAGCAGCCUCGCCAGCACCGGUCCGCCCGUCCUGCCCUUUCUCGCGCCCCGCGCCUUCGAGCCCCGUCCCGCACGGCCAUGGAUGAGCCCUGCGAUACCGCAUGCUCGCCGCUCGGCUAGCAGCAAUGCAAGAGCUUGGGGAAAGAAGUCUGAACUGCCGUCGCCAAUUCCUCGUGCCAACUCGCCAUUGCCAUCUUCCUCCACACAGGCUGCGGCGUUUGCCCCUCCUCGCCGCCGGUUCGCGCCUCAGUACUCGCAGAUAUGGUCCUUCUUCCACGGCCAAGCGCGGCGGGCGUACACUACGGACACACCUUCAGCGGACAAGACAGAGCCGGAGGCAAUUGAGGAGGAGGGAGUGCGGGUAAUACAUCUAGGCAUGUGGGCAAUGCAGAACCCAUACACGAGGUCAAUACGACGAGCCGAAUUCCUUGGGGUUAGGUCAAAAGACCCCAUGUCCAAACUCGGCGCGCAGGACGAAGCCUGGAUCAAGAAAUUUGCGCUGCUCAAUGCCGUAUACGACACCAGACUCCCAGCCGAGCUGCGAGUCGAGCGGCUUGAGGUCGAGCCCGGCACCGAGGACUCUGUCAAGCACCUUUUGGAUAACGCGGCGGACGCCGAGGCCAUUUCAAAAGCGUGGACCGCACAGUUCUCCGACUGGUUUCCCGACGAGGAAAUGCGGAACCUCUGGUGCGACAUGAUGCUGUGGUUGCUCCACCAUAAGCCUGCCAAGGUGCCGUCUGUCUUGUUAGCGACGGCGAAGGGACCGCACGCCCCGGAGUACGUCGUCGCCGACAUAUUGGAGCACCUUGCGAGCGUGAAUCUGCAGAAUUCGCCCAAGUACAACGAGUCUCUCUCUGCGGAUUUUCUUCCUACAGUCUUCGCGCUGUUGGAAACCAAGCCGGACCUCCAUCUCGCUCUGUCGCAGAAAUUUGUGCACCUGGCUUUGGUCCAUUGCACCUUGGAGCAAGGAAUUGAGUUUCUCGACCGGCUAAUGGCACUGGACUUCACGUUCAAGCUGUAUACGCACUGCCAUUUUGCUUACUUUUUUGGCGUCAUGGGUGACUACACGAGAGCGCUCGGCGUGCUGGAGCAGAUCCACGCGCGCGGAAUAUCGCCCAACAACGAGAUUUUUCUGGAGACGUGCACAGAGAUCCUGAGGGGCAGCGCCACCAAGGUCCAGGCAUACCACGUAAGCUCGGAGAUAAUGGCCAAGUUUUUGGAGAUGGGCGUCAAGCUCAACGUCAUCCUCUACACGGUCGUCAUAAACAACGCGGUCGACGCCGACGACAUGCAGACGGCUAUGCGCGUGUACAACAUCAUGCUCCAGCAGGGGGUCAUGCCAAACGACCACACCUACACCGUCCUUGUGAAGGGGCUCAAACGGGGCGGCGAUCUCGACGUGCUCCAGGAGAUUCUAAACGCUGCCAUGCAUACACUGCCCGAGGCCAACAGGCCCGAGUGGCUCACCACCGAGAUCCUGCACUGCACGUACCUCAAUCUCUUCAAGCCCGACAUCACGCAAGACGCAUACUACAAGCUCGCGCAAGCAUACGCGCAAUACUUCUCCGCCGCGCCACUCAUCACCAUCGGCAUCCCGCCCGACUACUUCACACCACCGCGCCACUCCGCAGCACCAAGAAUGCAACUCGCACCCCCCGUCCCCGCAAUGGGGAUCAUGCUCUUGGCAUACCUGGAGCUAGUCUCACACAGCGACGCCUCCGAGCCCCUCCGCCUCUACCGCAACCUCAACACGGCCGUGUUUCCCGGCGACAGCCCCACGCCCGUCGACAUGGCGCUGCUGCCCCUGCUCAAGAGCAACUACACGCACAACGCGUUCCUGCUGGCGUUUGGGCAGCAGCGCGAGACGCUGAGCGCGCUGCCCGCCGUCCUGCGCCGCAUGCACGACAAGCGGCUGCACGCGACGUCGCUGGCGACGCCGCACACGUGGAACAUACUCGUCAACGCGUUCAUGCGGCAUCGGCGGCCCGAGGCGGCGCGGCGCGUGCUGCUGGUGAUGAAGGAGCGGGAGCAGGAGGUCGGCGAGGUUACGUGGAACGCGCUUGUGAGGGGUUAUGCGCGGCUGCAGGAUGUUGCGGGCGCGGCGGACGCGGUCAAGGAGAUGGAGGUUAGGAGGUUGGCGUUGAGUAGGAAGACGAUGGAGGUGCUGGGCGGUGUAAGGAAUCGCGACGCGUUGAUGAGGGCGUUGGGCGAGAAGGGGGAGAGGCCCGACACACCUGCGCCGGAGUAUUUGGUCGAUGAGCAUUAUAUGGAGGAGGUGGAGGCGGUGGAACCGGUGCAGCAGGCGACGGACGCGGAACAAGUGGUCGACCGGGAAUCGCAGCUGUCGUCUGGGCAGGAAGUAGAAGCGCCGCAGGAGCAGCUGGUCCCGUCUCCGUCGUCAUCGUCGCCGUCGCCGCCGACUGUGGAGCAAGAACAACAACAACAACAACAGCAGCAGCAACAGCAGCAGCCCCCAGCGGAACAAGACGACUACCUCGUCGACGAGCACUACAUGGAAGAAGAAGAGGAGGGCAGCACCACCACCUCUACCACGAUGGACAGCAACAGCAACAACAGCAACGCCGACAACGACAAAAGCAAGAGCUAGAACCGGCAUUAGAGAGAACAGGGCGUCUGGCCUGAACGCAUGUACGCACCAAUGCGGCGGAGCGCGCGUGGUCGACCUGUUUGCCUGCCUGCGUUGUAUGCUUUGUCAUUCUGCCGGCCGGUCGGUUGGUGUGUCAGUCUUUCUUCGCUCGCUCGCUCGCUCGCUCGCGCGCUUCCGCGCCUGUCUUGGCGGGUAGACGCUGCGUCGUGUGGAGACGGCAGGGUGGAUAGUGUACAGACGG